AUGGCGUCGCUCUUCACUCUCACCACUCUGGUCAUGUCUAGCUAUUGGGGAAAGGAGCAAACUUACACCCGACUUCGAACAGACUCCUCGAGCCCCCAAAUCACUGCGCCCCAUUCGAUCAACGAGCUUGAGAGCCCUAAUUUAAAAGGGCUCGCCACUCUCCCUGUUGAGAUCUUGUUGUCAAUCACUGAUUUUCUUGAUUGGGAUGAUUGGAUUUGCAUCUCGCUUUGCAGUCGACAACUAUUUUGCAUUUUCAAUGAUAGAGCCAAGCACCCACUUUUUUGCCCACUUUGGGCGCUUGGAGGAUACAAGGUAUUAAGAUUCAAGGUGCCCAUUUUACGCCGACUGGGACGAGACAAACCAAAAUCGUUCAUUUGCCAUCUCACCUAUGUUCUUUGUGAGCCUGAUGGCUCGGAAUGUCCCGGUCUCUACGACAAAUUGUUUGAGGGAGAAGACUAUCCCAGUUUAUCUUCUUAUGAAUGGGGAGAAGACUAUGUUCUGGUAUUGAGGCGAAAAGAGCCAAUAUGGUGCCACGUAUAUUACAGAAUAUUAUUUCUGUGCCUUCAGCUUGCGAGAAUAAAGGCUCUAACUGGAGAAGCGCGAACGUCCGGAAUUUACCUCGAUCCGUCAUACACCCGAGUUCGGACUGACCCCUCGAGUCCUGAAAUCACUUGUCUCCUUUCAAUCAACGCAUUGCAUUAUCCGGAGGGGGUUUGCCUGAGAAUGCAACAAAUCAAUCUCGUUCAUCGAAACAACUGGGAACUACUAUUUCCUCGACAUGAUCCCCAGUUUCAGAAGCACCCCCCACAGAUGAUGUUUAUUUGCAUACAUCUUUCAAACUUCAAACGCGACAUAUUGUUUGAUGCCGUUGUGGAUGGGUAUUUCCAUGGACAAAAAGUCCCUGAUGCUACUUUCACUUGCAGAAAGUGUCAUACAGUUGCUAAAAUUGAGUUGCACAAACAGGGUUCUGAUAUAGCCCUAAUUGUCACGACAUGGAUCAAUCUUGACUCUUGUUGGAGGGCUCUAGAUGAUCCUCGAGGACCUCGACAGAAGGUCCAUUGCAAGACUUGGAGUCCUCUCGGAGCCCUAAGUGCACGCAACUGGAAUGAGCGGACAUACAGUCCUCGGGUCUUUUUCGAAAACGCGUCGUCAUAUCCGUUGAAAGACCUAAGGUCACGAAACCUUUUCCACCUCAGAGCAAAGGAUACAAGAUAUUUUCGAGGAGAGUUUGAGUAUUCGCCAUCAUUAUGUUUGUCUAUAUGCGCUUGCUGGUUUUCAUGUGUUUGCAUGCUUGUAUGCUUUUGGCUUUUGUUUGCUUUGGGCAAUUAA